AUGCCGGCGCGGGAUCGCAACCAACCCGACGACCGUCAGGGUUCGGAGAGCUCUGGAUACAGCUGGAGGUCGCAAGAUACCGUGCGAAACUCGGAGAAUCAGCCACUAGACCAAUACGAGGCCUCUACGGGAGGUCACAAUGCUGGCUUGUUUCCAGGUUCCCUGAAAAUGGACUCUAAAUCCGACUCCUCCAAACCCCCUCGGAUUGACUGGGAGAAUUCCAUGUGGUCAUGGAAUUCCCCGGAUAUUUCCCCCACUGAACAACGUAAAGCCUCUGGCUUUGGGAAUCACCGCGAGGCUUUGACUGUCCCAGGCAAUAGACAUAGCCCGUCCCAGUCAUCCGCCUCGAGCCCUCGACCUCUACCCCUUCAACCAUCUCGCCUCGACCCCGAUGACAUUGAGUCGAUUGCCCCGUGGGCCACAGCCCCCAGCAGUGGUCAGCCAGAUAACAGUGGUACUUUUUAUAAUGAUUACUCGGAGCACGAAGCCUCGCCUGCUUCAUUCACAUUUCGCCCCACGACCGGACGAACAUUCGCAAGCGAACCUGCCGAGUUGGAAUAUGGGGAACACCGCCGACCAUCUGCUGCAAGUGCGACCACAGUCAGUAGCCAGGGGUCUAGAUCUAGUAUUAGCCAAAAGUUUCGAAAGAAGCAUUUGAAAGGUCUACUUGGUGAUGACUAUCAUUCGCCUGCGGAGCUUCAAACCGAUGACGAUGGUUCCCAGAACCCGCCGAGCAGGCGUGGGGGACCAGUCGACCAGUUGAAGGCCCGUGAGAGGGCGAACUCAGAUGGCUCGCGCAAUACGUCCGAGGGCUCCAACUCCUCGCAACGUUCCCAGAAGCCACGUGCAAAUAUCCCUUUGCCCUCUAGUGACGUCACUCCAUGGGACUAUCAGAGCUUCAAUGACAUCCCGCAGUAUGGGGAGGCGCCAGUGCGCCAUGUACCCAUCGGUCCCGAUGGACAACGUCUUCCGCCCUCGGAAAAUGGUACCGCGGGGCAGAGGGAGCUAAGUCGGCGCGGACCCGGCAGACACCGUCCUUCACGGAGCAAAGAAGAGAACCCGACUGUUGCUGGCGAUCUGGCAUGGUCCCAACCUCGACCUGCUACUGGUAGAGACGACAUUGGAUUGCGGCCUUUCAAUGAGAACUACUUGCAUUCAACGACUGACAUGAGCGAUUCUACUGUAUACGGGGGCCGAUCGACAAGUCCAACGCCCAGUGUGCGUAGCACAUACCGAGACCAUGAUCAGAACUCACAGCAUCCCAGACUCGGUGGGUUUAUCAAAAAGAUUCUCGGAAAAUCGCAUGACAAAUCGAGGAACUCUUCCCCGCCGCGGCGCGAUAGGCAAGGAAGCUUCGGGGAUGGGAGUACUCCUUCUCGAUACCCAGAGUCAGUAGAUUCGGACCGAAAGAAAGAUUCUGGAAAGGGGGGGCUGGUUGUCGGAAGAAAACUUGGUAAUCGUCGCGUGUUCACUCAUCAAGGUGGUGAUUAUUAUAACCCUAACAAGGACGACAAAACUCAAGAAGAGAACAAACACUUCUUCCACCUUGAUGUCGAUAUGGAAAAUUUGAAAGGGAUUGUCCGUCCACCUUCGCCUGGGCAAAUGAAGCGUGUGAAAGACGGAACGAUCACACCUGGCGAUGAUUCUAAAGUCGAAAAGCCGUGGAAUGCACCUGAAAGUUGGCAGGUCAGGGGGCCCGUCGACCUCACCUUGGAAGAACCUACCUCAGAGGAAUCCACCCCCGUCGGUCCUCGUGAACGCGAAGCUUCGUACUUUAUUCGGAUCUUCCGAAUUGAUUCUACUUUUGCCACGUUAUCGGCUGGUUUGAAUGCUACCGUGUCCGAGAUUCUUCUGAUGCUCGGUCGGAAGUCUUUCUUGCAAGAUCAUCUCAACAAUUAUGAGAUUGUUCUACGGAAAAAUGAUCUUUCGCGGCAGCUUGACCACAAUGAGCGACCUAUUCUAAUGCAAAAGCGGCUGCUGGAACAAGUUGGCUAUACGGAAAAAGAUCGUAUCGGAGAUAUUGGCCGUGAGGAUCACAGUUAUCUCUGUCGCUUUAUCUUCUUACCGACCAAGCUCAGCGGUUACAGCAGUCUCGAGAGUGAACCAGGUUUCAACAAAGUGCAAAAGUUCAGCCAUGUGGAUCUCCAGGGCCGCAGCCUUGUCACUAUCCCAAUUACGCUGUAUGCAAAAUCUUCCGAGAUCAUUUCACUGAACUUGUCGAGAAAUUUGUCAUUGGACGUCCCCAAAGACUUCAUUCAAAGCUGCAUUAAUCUGCGAGAGAUCAAGUUCAUCGGGAAUGAGGCCGCAUUCCUUCCACAAAGCUUUGGUUUAGCCGCCCGAUUGACCUAUCUGGAUGUGUCAAACAACUGCCUUGAGGACUUGGAUCAUGCGGGUCUCGACCGUCUGACUGGACUUGUCAGCAUCAAGAUGGCAAACAAUCAGUUAACCAAGCUUCCCAGCUCUUUUGGCAAUUUCCAAAACUUGCGAAGCCUGAACAUGUCGUCAAAUAGUUUCAAGGUCUUCCCCGAUUUCCUUUGCAACCUCAAGAGUCUGGUUGAUCUCGAUAUCAGCUUCAAUGGCAUCGAAGAACUUCCCAAUAUUGGCCGCUUGGUCACUCUCGAACGCCUCUGGAUGACAAACAACAACCUGAGCGGGCCUCUCGAUGAUUCCUUCGGGAACUUAGUGAACCUCAAGGAGUUCGAUGGACGCUUCAAUGCUAUCACUAAUAUUGAUGCUCUCUCGAGUCUCCCACGCCUAGAGCAGAUAUUCUUUGGUCAUAAUCUUCUAUCUCGAUUCAAAGGCUCAUUCCCGAGGCUGCGGAGUCUACAUCUGGACCACUGCCCUAUGACACAAUUUGAUAUUGAUGCUCCUAUGCCAACAUUGACUUCACUGAACCUUGCCUCCGGCAAGCUCUCCCAAUUCAAGGACACCAUCUUCGAGCAUUGCCCGAACAUGACGAAGCUCGUCCUUGACAAAAAUCACCUGUCCUCAGUCUCGUCUCAGAUUGGCAAGUUGCGUCGACUGGAACACUUUAGUAUGAUCAAGAACCCACUAUCGUCUUUGCCUGCAACCAUGGGUUGCCUUGCCGAGCUUAAGCACCUUAAUUUGAGGGAGUGCAAUUUGACAUCUCUGCCGGCCGAAAUUUGGCAUUGUGCUAAGCUGGAAGUACUGAACAUCUCCUCAAACAUUCUUUCGAGCUUUCCAAAAUAUGGUGCUCCGUAUCCUCAAAUGCCCGGUGAGCCUACAAACACACCUGCGGCUACACCUGGCAUUGCUGGAAACCCCAGCUACGAAGAUAUAGGCCCGCUAGAUGAGCCAGGUCUACGUCGACCUAGUCAAACGUCGAAUGGGAUCAUGAAUUCUGUCUCGCCCAACGGGUAUCGGAAUCCUUCAACUGGCCAACCUGGCAGGAAGGUUUCAGCGACGUCGCGAUCAUUUACCGACCCGAACUCAGGGACCCGGAAGGACUCGAACUUCUCUCAGCAGAUGGCAAUGACGUUUGCAGCGUCCCUUCGAACUCUUUCACUUGCCGACAACCGACUUGAAGAUGAUGUUUUCCGGGAACUAUCCUUGCUACCAGAGCUGCGUAUCGUCAACCUUUCCUAUAACGACCUGACGGAACUACCGCAAGGAAUCCUCAAAAGAUGGCCAUUGAUUUCCGAGCUGUACCUGUCCGGUAAUGAGCUGACCUCUCUCCCGUCCGAUGACCUGGAAGAGGGAAGCAACCUCAAAGUUCUUCAUAUCAAUGCCAAUCGGUUCCAAGUCUUGCCUGCAGAGCUUUGCAAGGUUAGCAAGCUUUCUAUUUUGGACGUGGGGAGCAAUGGGCUCAAAUACAACGUGUCAAAUUGGCCCUAUGAUUGGAACUGGAACUGGAACCGCAAUCUCAAGUAUCUGAAUUUCUCGGGCAACAAGCGUCUCGAAAUCAAGCCAAAUAUUGCGUCGCUGGGUCCCCCGGCGGCCAAUGGCGCUGACUUGACUGACUUCAACUCCCUGACUCAUCUCCAUGUUUUGGGACUGAUGGAUGUCACACUCACCAUCCCCACCAUUCCGGAGGAGACUGAAGAUCGCCGUGUGAGAACAUCUGCCUCCUUGGCUGGCACUCUCGCCUACGGUAUGGCCGACACUCUUGGCAAGACCGAGCAUCUAUCUAUUAUUGAUAUGAUUGUUCCGCGGUUGAAGCAGGAUAACGUGGAAACACUUGUGGGUAUGUUUGAUGGACAGACACUCUCCAGUGGAGGUUCUCGUGUCGCAAAGUACUUGCAUGAGAAUUUCACUUCUACUUUCUCGUUUGAGCUUAAGAAACUGCAGCGAGAUCAGGAUGAAACACCAUUAGAUGCACUCCGACGGUCCUUCUUGGCAUUGAACAAGAAUAUGGCAGGCUCUGCCUACAGAUCCAUUGAUGACCGUGAGGUCCGACAGUACCAUCGAGGAUCAACUGCAGCCAAACUGCUCAACCAGGACGACAUUCAGUCUGGCGGUGUUGCUACUGUCUUGUAUCUGAACAACAUGGACUUGUACGCCGCCAAUGUUGGUGAUGCUCAGGCUAUUUUGAUCCGGUCAGAUGGUUCAAUGGUUUCUUUGACGCAGAAUCAUGACCCCGCAGAACCUAACGAGCGCGCACGCAUCCGUGCAGCAGGAGGUUUUGUGUCUCGCAACGGCAAGCUGAAUGAUGUGCUCACCGUGUCGAGGUGCUUCGGGCAUUUCCCUAUGAUGCCUGCUGUCAUUGCGGCCCCCUCUACAAUGCAUCUCACUUUGACGGAACAAGAUGAGAUGGUUGUUCUGGCAUCCAAGGAGCUAUGGGAUUAUGUCACUCCUGAAGUGGUGGUCGACAUCACUAGGAGAGAACAACUAGAUUUGAUGUUUGCAGCUCAAAAGUUGCGUGAUUUGGCUAUUUCCUUCGGUGCCACCAAUAAGUUGAUGGUGAUGAUUCUUGGCGUUGCGGAAAUUCAAAAGAGACGCCCAAAGCCUCGUCCUUCUCUCAACACUGGCUCGUCCACAUUUGCCGAAGAGCAGAUCAUCGCAACUGCUAAACGCCCCAAAAAGCGCGAUGGGCCUGGAGAUUCACGACUCGCGCGCUUCGAAGCCGUGGAUGCCCCUGACGGUGAAUUGACUAUCAUGUUCACUGAUAUCAAGAAAUCCACAGGCCUAUGGGAGGUUUGUCCAGAUGCUAUGCGCUCUGCUAUUCAAAUCCACAAUGACAUUCUGCGUCGGCAACUUGCAAUUUUUGGUGGUUACGAGGUCAAAACAGAAGGUGAUGCUUUCAUGGUGGCUUUCUCAACCACGACGGCGGCAUUACUAUGGUGUUUCAACUGUCAAAACCAGCUCCUUGAAGCCGAAUGGCCUACAGAGAUUCUUGAUCAACCCCAGUGCCGAGUCGUUGUUGACAUGGACAAUAAUGUUAUAUUCCGUGGCCUGUCUGUUCGUAUGGGUGGCCAUUGGGGCGAGCCUGUCUGCGCAAAGGAUCCGGUCACCAGUCGAAUGGAUUAUUUCGGUCCAAUGGUGAAUCGUGCAUCGCGAAUCUCUGCCGUCGCCGACGGGGGACAGAUUUUUGUUUCCUCGGAUUUCAUGACCGACAUUCACCGCAACCUCGAGAUAUUCGCGGAUGCUGAGCGCUCUGCAUCUACCAGUUCGAUCGAAAGCCAUCCCCGCGGCGAUAGCAUCGGCCACAAUAUUCGUCGUGAACUACAACAGCUCAAUAGUCAAGGUUUCAUUAUCAAAGAUCAAGGCGAGAGAAAGCUGAAGGGUCUGGAGAAUCCGGAGCCUCUCUACCUUGUUUACCCCUCCUCGCUUUCUGGUCGCAUGAUUUCUUCGGAAGAACCACAGGAUCGUGAUAGCUCCGCUGCAACUAUAAACCCAAAUAAUCAACUUGACAUCCAGACAAACGUCAUUUGGCGUCUCUGGGAAGUCACACUCCGUCUUGAGCGACUUUGCGGUGCUUUGGAGCAGCCAAGUGAACCGAGCCUCAGAGAACCGAACGUCGCUCUCUUCAACAUGGUUAAGAGGCACGGGGGUGAACUCAACGACUCCACUGUCCUCAGUUUGAUCGAUCAACAAGUCACCCGCAUCGAGGUUUGCAUCAACACACUCUCCCUACGCCACAUGAUGCGUCCCUUCAAACCAGGCGACACUCUCAAUGACCACGCCGUACCCAUCAACGAGGUGCUACAGCAACUACAAACACAACUCGCCGAAUUCCAAGCCCUCAAAGAGCAGAUGGCCGUUGGUGCUGCAGGCAACAUCGGCGGUCCACCACCUCACUAUGGAAAAAUGGGACAUUCAGAUAGUAUCGACAGCGGUAUUACCUCCACCUCGUCAUCCUUCCUCCACCUCCCUGGCGAUGCCAAUCGCUCUUUUGAUUCCGGCCGCGGCCCUCUUUGA